AUGUCUAUCUUGCCGAUCAAUUCACCACGAUGUAAGGGUCCCCUGGACCCCAAUACUUUGUUUCAUGCAAACUUGCGCCUGUCCGAUUCCAAAGCGCGUUCGGGCUAUUUAUCACGCGCCAUUUAUGCGCCUUUCUAUGCUCAAAGUCUGUCGUUGCUUACACCGCUCAAAGUUAGAAAUGAAGUAGUAUCAUAG